AAACAUGAUGCGGUAGUAGGAAGUGGUUAUUGGAGAGAGAAUACAUUAGUAUCAAUGCGAGUCUGGUCGGAAUAGAGUAUAGUUGAUUACACACCAUCAUAUCUUUCAACGCAUUAACGAUGUCACCAGAGGAAAUCGUUUAUUUAGAAAUUCUUGCUGCCUCCAUACUUGUGGGAUUUCUUUUCCGCUACCUGAGCCCGUCAGUGAAGCGGGUGGCAGCAUUGCUGUUGGGUUUGACCAUCACCAUAGCAACAUGUGGGAUCCACUCUUUACACUCUCUUAUUACAGUGUUAGGAACAUGGCUGCUUAUAAAAAUCAACUGGAGAAGUGCACCUUCCCUGUCUUUGGCCUGGACAUUUCUUUACCUCCUGUUUUUCCGUCUGGUUACCUGGUUUGGGCUUCCUCAACCCACACCUUUUGCCAACGCCAUUCAGCUUCUCUUAACCUUAAAGAUGGUCAGUUUAGCCAAUGAGAUUCAUAGUUAUCACUCGGAGAAGAAAAAGGAAGUGAGCUCCUUCACAAAGUCAGCAGUGGUCAGAGGUCUUUCCCAUGAGCCAUCACUCUAUGACAUUAUAGCUUAUAGCUACUGCUAUGUGGGGAUAAUGACAGGACCCUUCUUUCGUUAUCAGACGUAUAUGGACUGGUUGCAGCAAUCUAGUCCGCUUUCUCUGCCGGGUAUGGCUCCCUGCAUUCAGAGACUGCAGAUGGUGCCUGUUUAUGGAGCACUCUUUAUGGCAGUCAACUACGUCUUCCCCUUGUCCUAUGUUCGUACUGAGGAAUUCCUGGAGGAAAACUAUUUUUACAGAUUUUUCUACAUGAUAGCAAUAUUUUUCGUAUUCCGGAUGCGAUUCUACGCGGCAUGGUGUGCAGCAGAGGCAGGUUGUAUCAGCGCAGGUCUUGGCUGUUACCCCAAGGAGGCACUGUCCAAAGCUGGAGGAGGCCCAACUGUGAAAUAUAAUCCUGAUCCAGACACAGCAGUGGAAUAUGACUUUAAGACAAUCCAAAACAUCGACUGUUAUAACGCAGAUUUCUGUCCGAAAGUGCGACACGGCAUGCGUUACUGGAACAUGACGGUGCAGUGGUGGCUUCACCAUUACAUUUACCCCAAUGCCCCUUUCAGGACGUACGCUCUCAGGGCGGGAUGGACUAUGUUAAUCAGCGCAUACUGGCACGGCCUCCAUGCUGGGUACUACCUCUCUUUUCUUACCAUCCCACUGUGUAUCGCAGCAGAAACGGCCAUGGAGGCCUCCGUCAGAGCCCGUUUGGGACCCAAAGGCCAGAAUAUCUUUGACUGGGUCCACUGGUUCCUCAAGAUGAGGGCCUACGACUACAUGUGCAUGGGAUUUGUUCUCCUGAAGGCCAGUGACACCAUCAACUACUGGAGUUCCAUUUACUUCAUCAUUCAAAUCAUCGCGCUUGUUUGCAUAGGUGUUGGACAAAUAAUGAAAGGGGGGAGGAAAGAUCGAAGUGCGGGAGAGAAAGAGAAUGUGACGAGAGAGAAAGCAGAGUAAAAUGAAUGUGUUUUGAUUGUGUGAAUUGAAGGGAUAUUCACAAACAAGCACCGCACUGUAAUAGCCACAAACUGCCCUUUAAGUGUUGAGCUUUUUAAAAAUACGAUGAGUAUUCUGUUGCAAAUACAACUACGUGUCAUGAACCCAGUGUACUAUUAUAAACAGUAAUUUUAGCUUUAGAUUUGUCUUUUAGAAAACUAAGUGAAAUCUGGUCCAUGCUUUGAAUGACUGACCGAAGUCAAAACAGCUGCACAUGCAAGUUUUUAUCUCUGGUGUUCUUGUGUCCCAUAAAUUUACAGUUAUCAUUCCUUUUUAUAUAUACAUAUAUUAGAUAUAGAUCUUUUUUGAUGACAAAGUGUAUUGUAAUCUACAGAUUCAUCCUGACUAAGUCAGUUCUGUUUUAUAUGUAUACUGUUAGGCUAAUUCACACUAGUCCAACAAAUGCCAUCAAACACCAAGAUUCUAAAUUCUUAUUGACCAAUGCCAUGUUUGUUGGACAGUGGCUUUGGGACUAGAUUUCACAUCUGUUAACAAAAAUACCUUCUGAUGAAUAUUAAACUUGUAUUGAGUGUUUUGCCACAAAUGAACGGAGCCAUGCUCUCUCUGUAUUGGUGUCAUAGCAGUAAUGCAACCUUUGUCACAAAAGCAUUAAGUCUAAAAUGUAUAGGACAUAAAUACAUUUUAGUAUGUAAAGUUGCUUUGCUUUUUGUCCAAUCUGAAGGGCGAAUGGAGUAUUUAUGAGUGGUUGUUCAUAUGAGAGUUGUAGUAGUUAGCCUUUUCGAAAGAAUGUGAAUUUGGUUAAUGUUUUUUUAUUGCAGGAGGUGAAUGUUUUGCUUUUGUUUGCUACUCGUCAUUUAUUCAUUAGUUGGAAACCACAUGAUAUAAAAAAGACUUUGUUGUAAACAAAAAGCUGUCUCAGAAGAUGUAAAAUUCUGCCUUGGCUAAUCAAAUGAUAAUUUCCUUAAAUUUCUAUUCCUGAACAAUUUUGGUUUUGGAACACUGGAUGGUGCUGGUGUUUACAAGUUAUCAAUCAGUACAUAUUGUAUCCUGGUUACUGUAAUGACUUAACGCUACAAUGUAUCUGUUUACCCUCUGUAGUAUUAAACAUAAGAUGAGGCAACUUUA